UUUUUCCAGCUCUAAUGCAUAAUAGCACUAUAAACAUCUCAAUGGACGCGAAAUUAAGUCAGACGAAGUCAACUAGACGCUCAUUUAAAAAGCCCUUUGUCUUUGCAAAGAACUGCGUCUACCGCCCGAUGCGCCAGAUAAGCAACAUGGAACGAAACCAGAAGCUGCCAGUUGACAGGCCGACCUACUUCACGCUUAAUGCACCGCCCUCACUGGUCCCGGCCAAGAAGUACUCGGACAUUAGUGGCUUGCCCGCCCCCUAUAUGGAUCCGCACACAAAGCUUCGCUUUGCCAAUGCCGAAGAGUACGCCUCCAUGCAGCACAUGCCCUCGGACAUCAUCAACCGGUACCUGUCGGUACGCGGCUACACCAGUGCCGUGGGAUAGUUGACUAGUGACUGCACACUGGGGUUUCGAGGUCCGCUGCGAGGUUAUCUGAAGCGCAGUUAUCCAUGGCCUUUCUUUUAAUUAGAAUUUAAGGUUUCUUUUUAAGAAUAGAUUGUUCAGAGAUGUCAAACUAUAAGGCAUUUGAACGUAAGUGGUAAGGCACGAAGAACGGUAGAGCGCGCUGGAGAAUGUGUUUUGGAACAAGUACAGCAAAAGGAGCUUUAUUGAGGCCUUUCUAUAAAGGUUUUACAAACUA